AUGCCCAACAGCGGCGCUCGCCACAGGCGCGUAGAGCCAGCACCGCCCGAAAAUACAAAAGCUCCUCUACACUCACCACCGCCCAGGGGAUCCACACCAGGCCCAGCUUCAAAGGAUAGCUUCCACUCUCCUUCUUCAAAAGAAACCGGUUCAGCACGCGAGCGGAAGCCAAGAUUGAGGGUCAGUCACGCCUGUGAACCAUGCAGAGCCCACAAGCGCAAAUGUGACGGCGGACGUCCUGUCUGUGCUCGAUGCCGAAAACUCCACGUUGGCUGCUACUACGCGGACGCGAGAGGGGAGAAAGCAAAACGGGAUAUGCGAGAUUUGACUGCAACGGUCAACGUUUAUAGGGAUCUUCUCCUGGAGGUGCUUCCACAGCUCGAUGCAGCAACACAGGUUGCUGUCCAGGAGACCCUGGCAGCCCACGAAGAUGACGUACCGCAGAUCCAGUCUCAAGAGCCCAAGGCGGACGAGAUGGAAGCAAGAGGCUCUGUAGGCUCGCCUCGGCUUCAAGACCGUAUCCAAGAUGAUGUGAUGGUGCUAGAGAGGUCUGUUGGUUUUCUGGGGAAGUCCUCGGCCGUAAGGUGGAUGGAAGAGAUUGUCGAAAAGAUAGGCGACAGGCAGCAAUUUUCCCGCGCUCUCGCAUCUUCGUGUGUCUAUUAUCUCGAUGAUUUGGAUCUGGACGACUUCGGAGAAUUCGGUGAAAACGUAAACGCCUUUCAGCUCCCUCAGCGCGCGGUGGCGGAUGCCCUCCUCGAUUCCUAUCUAACGACCGUCCAUCCAUUCUUCCCGGUAAUCAAUGAGGAGGAGUUCAGAGAACAAUACGAGAGAUACUGGUCCAUUGGCAGCCCACUCACAGAGGAUAUCUUGAUCUGGAUCGCCACCCUUAAUGUCAUAUUCUCCCUGGGUGAACUGUGUGCCCAGGCACUAGAGAUGGAGUGGAGAGGCAAACCCAAUGAUCAUACCCUCUACUAUGUCCGCUCGCGGUUGGUGAUGCAAGAUUUUGUCCGCACAUUGGAUCGGACGGAUCUCAACCAUAUCAGACUUGACGCGCUGACGGGCAUGUAUUUCUUUGCUAGCAACCAGGUGAACAGAGCCUGGCAUACUACCGGAACCGCCAUCCUUCAGGCUUAUACUUUGGGACUUCACUUGAAAAGUGUAGACCCCUCAGUGGCAGAGGUACAACAUGAUAUGGAACGGCGAAUAUGGCAUUCCCUGGCAUCACUUGAGACUCAGCUGUGCUGUCUUACGGGCCGUCCGACGGGAGUAUCUGGACGUGCUGUGAGCACUGGAAUGCCCAGACCUGUCAAGAUUCACGACGCCCCUGAGACAAGUUUUUCAGACUACUCGAAGUCCAAAAACAUCGAUCCUUCCGUAUCCGAUGACAGGGCAUCUGAUGAGGCUCAAACGCCUUCACGUGUCAAGAUUGAUCCGUUCCAGUCCACGGUGGAACUUGAUGCGAUAUUGAGUGAGACAUUGAUAUAUCUCUACAGUGCAAGUACCGUAACUCUCCGAUGGGUCGAGAUACAACGCAUUGUAGAACGUAUGAAUUCGAAACUGGCAAGAUGGUCGGCAAUUUGGACGCCGGUAUUCAAGGAUGUGCUUCGUCAACGAACUGAGCAGACCUCUGCGGCCCGCUCUCAAGUGAUGCAUUUGCAGAUUAGAUGUUACAGCGUAAGUCUUUUAAUUAACCGACCUUGUCUGUGCGUGACAGAUAGCGGUCACGUCAGCUCUAUGCCAGAUCAAUCGACAGAAUCUCGACGCUCAGACGAGGUGGCUGCCGCCCGUUGCGUGGCUUCAGCGCAAAAUCUCGUCCAUUUUCUGAGGAAAGAAUCAGACAAAUAUGCGUUCUAUAUGGCGACGCCGUGGUGGAGUAUUCUGCAUUAUCUUGUGCAGGCUGCAGCUAUCUUGACCACAGAAAUUGUAUAUGCUGCUGUCCAUGUGCCCGAUUCGAUAGACAGUCUCGCUGCUGAUGCCGUGAUGGUCCUCCAGUGGCUUCAGGCGAUGGCUACCACGAAUGCCUCCGCAAAGCUGGCUUGGCUCGCUCUCAGCAGGUUGCUUCAGCUCGCACUUGCAAAGAAUGAUCGAGAUGCUGGCUCAUGGGUAGCAUUUAUGCCACCAUGCCUCGCUAUUGGAUCUCCAAAUCCGUGA